UCUGUGUGAUACAAAAUAUGACGAACAUCAAGAUUUUUCUUUUACUUAGCCUAGCAACGUAUGCUUCGUAUGGCGAUGAAGAAAUAACGGAUAAUUUAGAUAAUGAAACAGAAACUAAAAUACAAAAAAAUGAAGCUUCAGAUACAACUUCACCUGAAAAUAAAAUAAUAGCUGACCUGGAAAUUCAGACUGAAUCUGGUACAGCUCCAUCUGAAAGUAAAAUAAUAGCUGACCUGGAAAUUCAGACUGAAUCUGGUACAGCUUCAUCUGAAAAUGAAAUAAAAGCUAAAAUUCAGGCUGAACCUCAAGAAAUAUUAAUUCUAUGGGACACUAUAAGAGGCGACAGAAACUAUAUUAAUGAAGAAACUUUCCUUACCUAUUAUAAAGAUGAAGAACCGAAUGAAUUGUCAAGUGUUAUAAAAGAAUUCGGCCAUCAGUAUUUAUUUAGUCAAAGUGACACUCAACCUGAAUACAUUAUGUAUUUUGACGAAUUUGCAAGAGCUGCGUCUCAAGGCUACAUACAAAUAUGUUCUACACAGGUGAUGUCAAAACUAUUAUGA